CUUCGUUUUUACUCCGUCGUCGUCUUCCCCUCAUUCUCUCUUAUCCCCACCGCCGUUCUCCUCCCGCUUUGUCGCCUCCCGCCUCCCCCGUCCCCGACGACGACUACCUGAGCGGAGGGGAGGGAGAAGCACCAUCUCCCGAAGCCCAUGGCGUCCCGACGCGUUCGCCUCGUCUGAUCGACCGCUCCCUCCUAUUCCCUCUUACUCGGCACAAACGCGCACGCGGAGGUGGGUAGGUGGGCCGCGGGGCUGGCGGAGGCGGAGUCGGAGGCAGAUCUGUAGGGCGGGAAAGGGAAGCGAGGGCGGGCCGGGAUGAGGGGGGAGGCCAACGGAGGGGACCGGCGGCCGCGGGACGAGGAGGGGGAGGAGGAGGAGGAGCCGCCGCAGCAGCAGGAGGAGGAGAGGGCGGCGAGGCCGUCUUCUGAGCAGCAGCAGCCCGUUGCUGCGGAGGCGGCGGCGACGACGACGACGAGGAGCGUGGGGUACGUGGGGAAGCACCGCCUCUCCGCCGCCAUCCAGCGCCUCGACCAGGAGCUCCAGUCACUCCAGGAUGAAUUGAAUGAGCUUGAAACCAUGGAACCUGCAUCUGCGGCAUGCCGGGAGGUGAUCACAAGUACUGAAGGAAAACCUGACCCGCUUCUUCCAAUCACAAGUAGCCCGGAGAACUCUUCAUGGGACAGGUGGUUCCAGCGCGUGCGAAGCUCUCGCAGCAACAAAUGGUGGCAAUCCAAGGGCUCUGAUUUUGCCUAGCUUUUGCUGAAGCUGAGACAAGCUGUGUGCAGAUUGAAUCGCCCCCGAUCCGUAUGGUCCAUCGAUGGAUGGCUUGGCAACAGAAUACAACCCAGUUUUCCUGAGAAUUGUUGUGUAUGUAAUCCCUAACAAAAACAUGAAUGUAUCCUCAUUAGUUCUGAUUGCUGUUCAGAAAAUAGUCCUGUAAUUCAUCUCCCUCAGGUGCUGGCUAGCUAUGCUCGAUUCUUGUGGUCUUGGAGCAAAAUGGUCCUGUACUUUGGGCAAGUCUGUUGACCUUUGAGCAAAAUUUCUCCUGUGCAUCUAAUUUUGUCGAAAUUUGCUGAAGCACCACAUUUCGUGCUAUUUGGCUA